AUGCUCCGGCAUGAUGUCACACACCUGAAGGCACAGCUGGCUGCGUGUGACAAGAGUGGGUGUUUGCACCUGAAGAAACACCUGAGAAAGCACCUGGAGCAGCAGUCAGGCGUUAUUGUAAACAAUUCUGAAGCGCUAGAUAGGAGAGUGGUGAUGGGAAGCAGUGAGGAAGAGGAGGGAGGGAGCAGUAGCACAGGCAGGGGGACAAGGCAGGAUGAGAGAAGGGACAAAAGUAGGAGUGCGGGCGAGAGAGGGGGAGAGGAUGGCAGGCAGAGUAAGGGGCUGGAGGGGGAGGAAAGGGCGGAUGGCGUGAGUGAGGAUGCGUAUGGGGGCAGGAGAGGCGGUAAGGACGCGGGGUGGGGAGGUGGGGAAGAUGAGGAGGGAAGUGGCGGUGAGGAUGAUGAGGGCAGGAGUGGUGGCAUGUGUGAGAGUGCGCGUGCGCUGAUGGCGCUGUGGGAGGCCGCCCCCUCCCUGGGGCUGCGGGAUGUGCGCUCUGCUGCUGUGCAGCAUGCUCUCACACAGCUCAGACGCGCUGUGGUGGCACAGGGGGGAGAACCGGUGGGGGAAGUGGGGACUGCACAAGGGGAGGAGGGGGAGGGUAAGGAGAUGAGCGUGGGAGUGCAGCAAGCAAAGAGACAAGCAGAUGCUUUGGGUGGGGCAGGAGGGAGUGUGGGAGGGGCAGGAGGGAGUGUGGAAGGGGCAGGGGAGGAGGCGUGGUUGAGUGAGGAGGAGGAGCAGCGGCUGGUGCCUGCCGCACCCCAUGUGGACCACUGUGCCUCUCUCGCCACUGAUAUCAGGCACUACGCUCAGCAGAUUGAGCCAUGCCACCUCACCUCACCUCGCCCGCUUCACCUCCCUUCUCUCUCUGCCUCCGCCACUUGUCUCUCUGCCUCCGCCACUUGUCUCUCUGCCUCCGCCACUUGUCUCUCUGCCUCCGCCACUUGUCUCUCUGCCUCCGCCACUUGUCUCUCAGCCUCCGCCACUUGUCUCUCUGCCUCCGCCACUUGUCUCUCUGCCUCCGCCACUUGUCUCUCUGCCUCCGCCACUUGUCUCUCUGCCUCCGCCACUUGUCUCUCUGCCUCCGCCACUUGUCUCUCUGCCUCCGCCACUUGUCUCUCUGCCUCCGCCACUUGUCUCUCUGCCUCCGCCACUUGUCUCUCAGCCUCCGCCACUUGUCUCUCUGCCUCCGCCACUUGUCUCUCUGCCUCCGCCACUUGUCUCUCUGCCUCCGCCACUUGUCUCUCUGCCUCCGCCACUUGUCUCUCUGCCUCCGCCACUUGUCUCUCUGCCUCCGCCACUUGUUUCACUUUCACCGACGGGCCGCCAUUCGUCUCUCUCCCUUCUUUUCAGCCGCCUCACAACUUGAGAACUAAAGCUCGCUCCAUUCUCUCUUCUCCUCCAACUCCCCUUUGCAGCCUUCUGGAUUCGCGGUCUGCUGACGGGGAGCUUCCGGAUUGGUCGCUUUGGGGCGGCAGGUUGGGACUGGUGGCACGGCGGUUGGAGGAGCGGGAGAGGGAGAAGGUGAGGAGGGAGAGAGUAAGGGAACGAGAGGGGCGUGUAGACAAGGAAACAGAGGAAGCGGGAGGCGGAGAGCGGAGGGGAGAAUUCAAGGGAGAGGAAGAGGAAGAGGGAAGGAAGAAGAAGGAAGGUGCGGCGGUUGUAGCGGAGGCGGAGAGGCAGUUGGAGCAGGAGGAGCAGGCGCGGGCAGUGCAGCACGAGGCGAUGCGGCUACAGGCACAGGAGAGGAUGCAGGAGAGGCAAGGGGCGAGCGAGGAGCAGGCGGAGGUGGCGGCGUGGAUGGCAGCAGCACGGGAUGAGCAGCCCAUGGGGGACCACACAGGGGCUGUCCUGGGGCCCUACCCCCCGUGGGUGAGCGCGGACGAGGACAAUGUGCCCAUGACACGGCGCGCCCAGAGGGACAUCUGGUUUCUCCAGCACCCGCGGGACUGCAGCAGCUUGAUUCAUCUCCCUCUGCUAUGCACUCCCCUCCCCCUGUAUCCCCUCUACAACCCAACCCAGGUAUCAGGAGUGGACGAGGACAAUCUCCCCAUGACGAGGCGGGCUCAAAGGGACGUGUGGCUGCACCAGCACCCGCGGGACUGCAACAGUUUGAUUCAUCUCCCUCUGCUAUACACGCCCCGCCCCCUGUAUCCCCUGUUUCCCCCAGGUAUCAGGAGCGGACGAGGACAAUCUCCCCAUGACGCGGCGGGCUCAGAGGGACGUGUGGGUGCUGCAGCACCCGCGGGACUGCAGCAGCUCAAUUCAUCCUCUUCUGCCCCACCUUGUACCCCCCAGGUGUCAGGAGCAGACGAGGACAAUCUGCCCAUGACGCGGCGGGCUCAGAGGGACGUGUGGGUGCUGCAGCACCCGCGCAACUGCUCGCACCCGUCUGUCAAGUUCCUGGUCGUAGACGUGCUCAGGAGGGUCCGCGGAAGCUUCCUGGGCGUGGGGGCGCAGGUGAACUGGCUGGCGGGCGUGCUGGGCACGGCUGUGGUGGAGGGGCGCGUGCUGGUGGUGCGCCACUACCAUAGGGCGGCGCACCAUGGGUGCCAUGGUGGGUUGCAGUAA